AUGGGCAUACAAUCGGCAUUUGACAAGUACUUCGAAGUCACCGCAGAGUCUGCGGAGGAGAAUAUGGAGAUCCUCCUGCGCCAUCAGCCGACGUACAUGAAGCCUCCGAAGUACCACGCCCUCGACGAUCUGGAGGGGCCCUGGUUGAGGGCCAAAGAGUGCUUGGGGACGGCCCGGGUGGCGAAAGUUGACCGCGAGACCUUCGGGCUGCACGAGGCCCCUGGCUACUCCUUCGACCGCUCUACUUCAGCGAUGCUGCAGCGCACGAGCUACAGUGCCCUGUGCGGACUGGGAGGGGAGCUCUGGGGCACUUUCGCCGCCUAUGACGCCGCGUCCAAACACCACGCUGGCACACCACGCUGGAGCUCGCAGUGCCACAGCACGGCGCUAGGUUUGCUCUUCGCAGUGGCGGCCCCCCGUUCGGCCAUCCUGACCGCGGCCGGCGUGCUCGCCUGCGCCAGUCUGAUGGCCAUAUUCGGGCCCUCGCCUGUCGCGCUGCACCGCACCGUGUGGACCCUGGCGCUGCCUGCCGUCGGCGCCGGCUUCGCCAUCGGGCUCGUCGCCAUCGGAUCCGGAGUUGGCCAGGGCAUGGUGGCCGAGCCAGAAGCGUUCCUCGGAGAGGGCCUCCCAGUGGCGGAGGCGGGGGGCGUCGUCUCGCAGAGCCGCUCCGAGCACAACACCCCGGAGGAGCUGAGCAGCACGAGCAGCAACGAGGGCGGCGGCCGCCGCUCGACUGCGGUAUGGCACCCUCACGAGCGAGUCGGCGCCACCCACCAGCGGAUGGCGUGCGAUAUUUCGGCUUGGGCCAGGCGCGUCCGGGCCCACGACAGCGCCCACCGCCACGCCUCCAAGUGCCGACGGCGUUGCAGGCACAGGGCGCCAGCGGACGUCCCCGAGAUGCCCUGUGGUGCUGCUGCGCGUGGGUCUGUCACCCUCGCGCCCUGGUGGAGCAUCCGUACCGCGGCGCGCGCUGGCGGCGACGUCCAGGGCCGCGUGAAGCGGCUGCGGACUCUCGGCGUGGGACGCGCCUGCCGCUUCCACACCGGCCAAGCGAGCACAGCGGAAGGGCGUACCCUUGGUACCACGAGUGCCGCGUCGGCGAGGCAGGCCAUCCUGGCCCACCCGCCACCCGCCGCCGGCGGCAGGACCCGUGCCAUCGGCCCCCCAUCCCUCGACGGCAGGGUGGUCAGCACCGUCCUCCCGACCAAGGGCAGCACCCGCGUGUGGCUCAGCGGCGUCCACGGCGACGUUCACAGCCUCGAGAACCGCGCCGGCACGUGCGAGAACAUUGCGAAGCGCGUCUGCCUCUCCAGCCUGCCCGCGAUCGGGGGCCACGACGCCGUCAGCUGCGAGCUGGAGGUCGGCACCCGAGUCACCGCCCAGGCCGUGCUGGAGCACCCGCGCCUCCACCCGCCCUCGGACCUCCGGGAGCGGGGUGCCGAGUCCCGCGGCGCCGUGGCCCACCGCCUGGGCCGCCGGGGCGGCGCCGCUGCCCUCGGUCCGCAGGGCCUGCUCGGGGGCGCCGCGGAGGGCCUCGGCGUCGACGGCGUGGCCGACCUCGCCCGCGCUGAGCAGCGGACCCAGCACCCGAGCAACCACAUCGCCAUCGCGAACUGGGGCGACAGGCUGGAGGGCAGACACCUCUCGGGCAUCGCAAAGUUCACGCGCGACGGCGCCGACGCCGCGGGCCCCGCGGCCAACGACUCCGACUUGUGCGCGAGAGCCAAUCCACGCCUCGCGAUGAGCGAUGCGCUGAAGGCCUGGAAGAAGCAGCAGCUCUCACACCUGGAGCCCGAGGACCACGAGCAGCACGUCGACGAGGCCAGGCCGCACGGCGAGCGCGUGCCGCCUCCGCCGCCGCGGGGGUGCACGGUGGACGACCUGCGCAAGGCCCUCGAGGACGCGGCCCACCCCGCUGCGGUGCCAGGCCAGUGGGACGCCGGCUUCCUCGCGAGGGCCCCCGACGUCGCCCUUGGCCUCCUGGCGCAGAUCGUCGGACGCGAUCAAACGAGCACGACGGCGGCCGGGGGUCCCGGAGGCACACGAGGUCUCGAUGAUACUGGAGCCUCGCGGGGCGUCCUCGCUCGACUUGAGGCCCAUGUGGGUUGCGCCAUCGGUCGCGCGCGCGCGCCGUCGAGGGUGGCGGUGCGCAUCUCCGAGACACGGGGCCGCAGGGUGCAGGCCACGGACGUCCGAAGCUCUCUCCUGGAGGUCGGCUUCUGCGCGGCCCGCGCCAAGGCCCACAUCGCUUGCACGCGCUGCAGGCAAUCGGACCGGGCCAACUGCCUCGGUGCGCCCCGCAAGCACUCCAUCCCGCCCAGGAAGGCCGGUGAGCAUGUGAACCAGAUGGCCGUGGACGGCGGCGUGAGCUUGCUCGCGGCAAUGGCUGCCCCUCGCUCCACCAUCCUGACCGCGGCCGUCGUGCUCGCCUUCACCAACCUGAUGGCGGCCUUCGUGCCCUCGCCAGUCGCGUCGCCGCGGUUGCGCUCGCGGUGGAUCCUGGUACUGUCUGCCAUCGGCGCUGGCUUCGCCAUCGGGGUGGCCGCCAUCGGGUCCAGAGUUGGCCAGGGCCUCUCCUCCGGCCGCUGCAUCGACGGCAUGAGCCCCCAGACAGAGGUGGCCGACGACGCCUUCCACGGAUUGGGCCUCCAC